AUGCCGGCAAUUGAGUCUGAGGAUAUCACUGGCGACUACAACGCCCACGCAGCGGCGAGCCUGCGGGAGGCGCUCAACGUACUCCAAAGGAGCUUUGCUGGCGGCGUGGGGGACGCCCGAGACUUUCCACAGAGCCUCGAGGUGCUCAAGCAGCUGCAGCGCACCUUUGCCACGGAGGCGGCCGUCGCUGCGGGCGAGCAGCUGGCUGCCGUGGAGCAGCCGCAGGCCGAGGCAGGCGCUGGCAGUGGCAAGCACGUGCUAUGCAUGCUGGACGGCUCCCUCAACUCCUUCACAUCGCUGAGCUGGGCCGUGGACAACCUGGUGGACCCAGAGGAUGAGGUCUACCUGCUGACGGCCAUUCCAUACCAGGACUACCAGGGCGAUGCGGAGCGAAUCCUGCAGGAGGGCUACGACUUUGCGCACAACGCAGGGAUCGCGCCCGCCCGCCUGCACCCGCGCACGCUGACGGCGUCGGGUGGCAGCGCGACGCGGGGCGUGGGCGAGAGCUUGGCGGGGUUUGUGGAGGGGGAGCAGGUGGACGUGGUGGUGCUGGGCAGCAGAGGCAUGGGCUCCAUCAAGCGGUCAAUCAUGGGCAGCCUGGGCAUGGGCUCUGUGUCCGACUACUGCGUGCAGCACCUGCGCUGCCCCAUACUCGUCAUCAAGGAGGGCAGCCAGCCAGGGGCGCCGGGCGAGUGA